AUGCCUUCCCUGGUAGAGGCCCGUCCCAGGCAGCCGUCGCCCGAACUCAAACUGCUGUCAAGUCUCGACACUGGUUUCGGCGAAGAAGGCCUGGAAACUGCUGCCAAGGUCCUCGACGUUAUCUGCCAGUAUCGGCUGAGAAGGGCUGAGCACUCAGAGGUCCCUGAUAUCGAGGGCAGGCUAGGCUUUUUGUCCAUGGUCUAUGGACAUGUCAGGGCCAACUCCCCCAUCCUCAUGUGUCUGCCCGCCUUCCCUUUCAAGUCGCCCAACUCUCGAGACAAAGUCCUGGGCCGCCUGCCCGAUAAGGCCGAGGAGUUUGCCCUCGCUCAUCUCAAUGGUCUCUGUGCCGCCAUCGGAGAUAUUUAUGCGCCAGGCGCAAAGCUCACAAUCGUUUCCGACGGACUGGUAUAUAAUGACCUGCUCAGCGUGCCGGACCGCGAUGUCUGGGCCUACGGUGAGGCACUUCGUCAGAUGGCCUGGGCCAAAGGGUUCGAGCACAUCAGAUUCUCGCGGCUCCAGGAUCUCGUGCACCUGCCCAACCUGCCCAGCUCGCUGAAUGAGAUCACAUAUGUCGCAAACGCCACCAACUUCCGUCGACAGCUUCUCAACACAUUCGGCCGCAGCGACUACGACCCCUCAACAGAAAUUACCAAGAACGAAGACACCUGCCAAACAUAUAGAGGCUAUAUCAAGUUUCUCGAAACCGAUCUUGCGCUCGUUUAUCCAGUCGGCGAGGACAACGGACGUUCCAAGUCCAGCUACAAGAAGGGGAUCGAGUACAUCUCGAAGCAGAUGCUCCAGCGCGGUGAUGCCUUUGCGCGUGCUGUCCGCGAAAACUAUCGCGACCACUUGCGCCUCUCCAUCCACCCCUCCACCGGCCGUACGAAGCUCUCCAUCAACACCCUGCCAACGACAACGAGCUACACCACGCCAUGGCACUGCAGCAUCGCAUUCAGGCUUGACGGCUCCUCGACCACUGGUCCUAGGGCCGUGUUCGACAACGACCCCGCUUACGAGCUGGUUCUGGAGGAUGGCAAGCCCAGCUACUACCGCGAACGGAGCGAUCUCUUCGCGUGGAAUGCGGGCGUCGCGUACGAGCCUCUGUACCCAUCCGGUUUGAUGAUCCGACCCGCGGCAGGGCCCAAGACUCUAUCCAUUCGCAAUGUCGACGCCGCCAAGGUGCGCGCGCUAUCGGAGCGCAACUCGCCCGUCAUCCUGCGCGGUUUCACGGAAACGAGAAAUCGUGACCUGUUCGUGGACAAGGCUCACGAGUUCGGAACGCCGCUGCCUUGGAAGUUCGGACUCGUGCUCGAAGUCAAGGACCAAGGAGCCGACUCUCGGGGCCUCAACAAUGUCCUCUCAGCCGAAUGGAUGCCUUUCCACUUUGACGGGCUCUUCAAGACGGAGAAGAAGGUGCUCGAAGACGGCACGGAGAGAAUGCUGCCCAACCCUCCAAAGUAA